AUGGCGAAAGCGCCAGAGAGCGGAACUACUGUGCGCAGACGGGCCGUUGCCAAGAAAUGGCACAACGUCAAAGCCAGACCUGCCCCGUACGAGGGAGAAGAGCUCAACAACGUCGGCUCGCAGCAGUCCGCGGCCGUCGCUCGCCUGGCCGAGAACUGCUCCCUGUCCGCUCCCAUUGUGGGGUCCUCCAAUUCCUCGGCGAUGGACGCCGCAUACGAGCGGCCGGCGUCCACUUCGUCCUACUUCGCCCGUCCGCCGCCUCCUAGUCGCCUGUUGCUCCGCGUUUAUUCGGCCGAAUGCUUGCGGCACGUGUCCAGCCAUGGCACCUACUGCAAGAUCUACGUUGGCAGCACCGAGAUGGUGCGCGGUAGUGGCGCGUUCGCGCGUCGCUCGCAGAAACUGAAGCCGUCUGCGUCCACGCACAGUCUCGGUGGUCUACUGCACAGCAGUCGCGGCAACACGGCACAGCCCCCGACCACGCCGCUACCUCCUACCUCGUCAUCGGAAGGAGACCUCAGCGGUCCCAGCAGUAAGAUGCGAGUGCUCAAGACGCAGGUGCAAAAGGGUAAGCGCCCUGAUCCCGUCUGGAACGAGAAGUUCGAUAUCCCCGUGUUAGACCCGAAUGAAGACGUGCUGAGCAUCCGCGUCAAGUCAGCGAGACUCAUGUCGUCCCCCGCUAUCGGCGCAUGUUCAAUCCCGCUUAAAUACUUGACGAUGCAAGGAUCUUCGACCACCGACCGAUGGGUCGACCUGAAACUGGGGAAGAAGGAUGCAGGUCGGAUCAGAUUGCAGUUGAGACUGGUAGCUUCCUCCCGUCAGCGGAACCAACAGAACAGUGACACCCACUUGAGUCUCCCUGCAGAGGAAACGCCGGAGCAGAUCGCUGCACGGAAUAAGACGCUGCGUCGUGACCACAAGUACCACAGAUCGGCAAGGCAUUUCGAUGGACGGCCUGUUACUUCUUCCGUCUUGGGCAGCAGCAGCGGUAGCAACAAGUCCGCAAGCGACAAGGACGAUGAUCAGAAGCGUGUUCCAUCAACGCCCACGACACUGCGGGAUAAUAGUGCUAGUGCUACUUCGAAUGAGUCCAUCGACGACUCGGAACCUGCCAGUGAUGUGUCUGUCUCUCCUGUGGCCUCUCCACUGCACAAGCGGGCGUCGAAAGAAGACGACUCAAAGUCGACUGCAGUAACCAGGCAACCGCGGGAGUCAUUCGACAGCUUUGCUGAGACGCCAGAUACAUCCAUACCAUCGCCAGCAGUAGCACCGAGUACGAAGGAUUUGGACGCGUCGUACGCACAUCGCGGCACGAUGAGGAGGUCAGAGCUGGAACGCUCGAAGAUGAAGAUGACCGAGAUCUCGCGGACGUCAAGGAUAUCUAGAUCUUCUAGAUCGUCUAGGUCAUCAAGCUCGCAGGUUCAUCUGGAAGAUGAUGAUUUUGAUGAUCUGGACGAGUAUGACAACACUUCUGCAGCGACCAAGCGCUGGACUGGGAACCACACGAAGCUGAGUGUGCUCUCCAGUCUGGACCCUCGCGAAAGCUCUCGCAUGGACUUUGACGACGAUAUUGAGUACGAACGGGACACUCUGGACAAGAGGAAAACAUCGGUGCAUAACGGAUCUUCAUCCAUUGCCCUGUCGAGCACAGCUAGCAGUACACUCGACCCUCGCGGAAGCUCACGGUUCAGCUUCAGUGACAGUGACAGUGAUGGAGAAGUCGAGGAGGAUGACGAAGUUAAAUCGGAGAAAGUACGUGAACAACAGAGACAACAAUGGCAGAUGGAGCAGCGGAAGAUGCAGCUUGCUCGCAUUAAGGAGGUGUCUCAGUCCAUGUCGGACGAUGAUAGUGACGAGGACUCGGAGGAUGACGACGAAUGCGAUGAGGAGCUGGAGCAGGAGCGGGCGUCAACUCGGAUCCAGUUCACUCCGGCGCUUGCGAAUCUUUUGGGUCGUGAGAGCAUGAACGUAUUAUUUGAAGACGAAGAUGAAGAAGAAGAAGAAGAGAGUCCCGAGCCUUACAAGAUGAGCGAGGAGUUUGUACCCAUUCUCGAAGCAUCCUCUCCGAUGUCUGUCGAUUCUGUGGACUGUGCACUGCGCCGGUCGAGUUUUGAUUGAGAAUUCCCCCUCCUCAACCUUAUUUACUAGCACAACUCCGAACCUGACGCUGCAGUGCGUCAUCCAGCUACGUUGUCGAUGUCCGGUGCGUCAAUUUUGAUGUAUGUGUGUCGCUUGGCGGACGGUGGUGAGCUUGAGAGGCAAGUGCUCCUCGCCACCUUAUUAUUUCGUAGAUAGUAUCUAACAGCCACCCCCAGCCAAAGCGAGCAGCUCGAGCGCGAACGCGAGCAAAAAUGCCAGUCGUAGUGCGGUCCGAAUAAUAUUAUGAUGACCUUUCAACAUGUUGUAGCCAUUUCGUUGUUCACCAGUCGCGCCGCUUCAAGAGCACAGUUCAGAUGCAUUUGUCAUUGCUUAGUGAGGAUGGAAGAUCAGGCAGCAACAUGCAUUCAGGCGAGAUUCCGAGGCUUUCGAUGGAGGAAGCUGCAGCGUAGACGUGUUGUAAGAUACUUUUGAUCAACUU